CAUGAUUUCCGGUUGGAUGACAUCAAAAAUGUUUAUUUACAAAAUUUUAGAUAUUAUUUGAAGAAAACCUUCAAUAUGUCUGCAUUAAGUUUAGACAUAAAGAAAAAGUUUAAAUCUCUGAUUGGAAAACAGGAUUCAUUUACAUCACCGGUUGAUGAACAAAUUGAUCGUGAUUCUUUCCCUGGAGAUUUGCCAGCAGUUGCUAAAUACAAGCAUACUGUACUUGCUAAUCCUCAUGAAGAGCAGGAAGUCUUAGAAGGCAUAGAAAAUAUAUACUACAGUCAUACAGAUACUAGUUUGUAUGAACUAGAGAAACUUCCAGAAGUAUUAGAUUUACAGGAUAUAGAUGCAGAUAGAAACAGACUUAGAAAACAGCUGAAUGUGGUGUCAAAGAAAGUUUCUGACCUUGUCCUUCAAAACCAUCCUGCUUAUGCUAGGGAAUUACAAAGGGUUAUGGAGCUUGAAAAGACUCUUCAGCUAGCUAGUGUUAUUUGUGCCAAUGGCAGAAGAAAUCUAUCAGAUGCCAGACAAAUAUUUACUUCUGCCAGUCUGAAGAUGCUGGCCAAUGUUAGAAAAAGGCAACAACUAACAGGUCUUCUGAAGUCACUUAGGACAAUUAAAACUCUGCAAAGAACAGAUCUGAGAUUGAGAGAACUGUUAGAGGAAGAAGAUUACUGUGGUGCCAUACAAUUGUGUUUGGAAUGUCAACAAGCUGCUAGCACUUACAGACAUUUUAAAUGUAUCAGUGAACUAAAUUCCAAGUUACAGGAUACCUUAGUUAUGAUAGAGGAACAGUUAGAUGUAGCCCUGUCUAAAACUUGUAGUAAUUUUGAUGUUGUACAUUAUGAGAAAGUACAGAAAGCUUACAGACUUCUUAAUAAAACUCAGCUCUACGAGUAUACUUAUAUCAGAGUAACUCAAGUCAGUUUGCAAACUGCCAUGGACCAACUUCAUAUGCAUUUUACCAGUGCUAUUCACAAUACAGCCUUUACUAUAGUGUUAGGAUAUGUAGAACUGUGUUCUGGGACCACUAAUUCUAACUUCCAUAAGCGACAGUAUACAGAUUUAUGUAAGAAUGUAACUCAGGAUAGUUUUACACCAUGUUUGAUUGACUUAUGCAAAGCAUUAUGGGAAGUAAUGAAAAGUUAUUUUAAGACGAUGCAAUGGCAUGAACAGAAUGAUAUCAAUGUACAAGAUAAAGAUGAAUCAGAGGAAGGAACAGAAGAGAUAGCAUUCAAUAAGAAAUACAUUAAACAGAAACUUGACCAUGGACUGACCAGGAUCUGGAUGGACGUCCAACAGAAGGUCAAAUUAUUUGUCCUUGGCACUGAUCUGUCACAUUUUAAAUUAGAAGAGUUCAUUAGAGUUUUAGAUAUCAUUCAUAGAAUGAUAGAGAUCGGAGAAGAAUUCUGUGGUAGUAAAUCUGAUGGCUUACAGGAUUCUCUAAAACAACAAAGUCUUAAUUAUUUUAAAAAUCAUCACAGAUACAGAAUGGAUGAACUAAGAAUGUUUCUGGAGAAUGAAGGUUGGGAGCUGUGUCCAGUGAAAACUAAUUUUACAUACUCACGUCUGUUGGAAUUCAAGUUUAUGAAACAUUGGAACAAAUCACCAGAGCUCUCUCCAAGAGGUGAUUCUUCCCUGACAACAGAUAAUAAAGUUGUUUACUUCAAAGACUUUACAGAUGGAGCCACUCCAUUUGACGUUCAUCCUGAAGAUGAUGAAAAUGAAGAUGUAUUCUCAUACAGUUUUGAUAGUGAAGGUAAUGAUAGUGAUAGUGAUUCAGACAUUCCAGAUGAAUUAAAACAAGAUUAUAUAGAUGAAAUAACUGGAGAAGCUCGCUCUCAUAGACAGUACAAGAGAAGAAUAUCUCAUAACAGAAGCAGAAAAAAUGUUCCCAUAGUGACCAAUACCACAAUUAAUUUAUUACGAGUUAUAGGUAAAUACAUGAAGAUGAUAACAGUACUAAAGCCUAUAGCCUUUGAUGUAAUAUAUUGUAUAUCACAACUAUUUGAUUAUUAUCUUUAUACAGUUUACAGUUUCUUUGGUUCUCAUGAUUCUGUAAGAAAUGAACGAGCUAUAAAUCAACGAAUGCACCUUACACUUCAGAGGAUACAUAGUAAUGUGAUAGCAGAGGAAGCAACACCUGGAGCGCCACCUGUUGACAGUGAAGAGAAUCAGGACAGAGUUCCUCAGCCCCAUCUUUCCCCUGUGGUGGACCUCACCGCUGCAGAUAAAUUGUUUGGGUUGUCAGAGAGAGUUGUCGCUGCAGAAUCACUUGUUUUUCUUGCCAACCAGUUUGAGCAGUUACAGCCUCACUUUGAAACUAUGAUUCCUUCUAAUAAGAAAGCAUUCCUACAGCAGUUUUAUAGUCAGACAAUAUCGAUAGCUGCUGAAUUACGAAAACCUGUGUACUGGGCAGUGUCAGUCCAUGCUAUAGAUUAUAAUGGUGUUAUCAACCUAAUGGCCAAUGUACGAUGGGAUAUCAAAGAUAUCAUGUCACAGCAUAAUGCUUACGUUGAUGAUAUCCUAAAGAAAUUUGAGAAUUUAAACAGAAAACUAAGUGAUAUAAGCAGACGAUUACCUAUUCCUAGGGUUGUUUAUACAAGUGUUUGGGAACAUUGUGUCAGAUUAACUAAUAGAAUACUUGUUGAAGGAUACUCUAAUGCCAAGAAAUGUAGUAAUGAAGGGAGGGCAUUCAUGCAGUUAGAUUUUCAACAAUUACUGUCUAAUUUAGAGAAAAUGAUUGAUUUAAGACCAAUACCAGAGAAAGAGUUUGUAGAAGGUUAUAUAAAGGCAUACUAUCUUCCUGAGAGUCAGUUUGAUUCCUGGUUGUUAGAUCACAAGGAAUAUUCUCCUAAACAGCUGAUAGCUCUAAUCAACUCUGUAGACCAUUUAAACAAGAAAGCCAGACAGAGACUUAUUACUGUUAUAGAAGACAUGGAGAGGACGAGAAGAUAGCACAUGAUUAAUUCUUUAUGAUAUAGUGUUUAAAUUCAUAUACAAACAAAUUUCUUCUUUAUGUCAGAACUUUUUUUAUUCCUAUAUAUAUCAUUAGAACUUAACAACAUCAACUUUAUAACCAUACAUGUUAACCUGCUGGAUGUGACUAUUAAGUUGGAGAUAACCUGCACUGACCCUCUCAUGCUGACCCACCCCCACCACUCGCACAUGUCCACCCUCCAAAUAACUCUGAUCUGAAGCAGAUUAGUGUAAGGACCUGUUCUGUAUCAUUACUUAUAUUGUAUUUGUUAAUAUUAUUUAAUAGACAUUUGUAAAUAUCAUCAGAAAUAUGUAAAAUUAUCCACCCUUCUAAAAAUCAUGAAUUUAGAUGAUUUUUCCAUAUAAACAGAACUGUUUCCCUAUUUACAUAUAUUAUGUUAAAGGAACCAGUUACGUACUGUGGUUUCAUUAUUAGUGGCAUACCAAUUUCAUGGAUUUUGUCAGUAGUACAGGUGAAACACUAAUUUAACUAUUCAACCAAAUACAAAUUUUCUUUAGGCUUGUUUGCAGACUUUUGUGAACCACAAAAUCAAAUAUCAACAAAAAUACAAUUUUUCCCUUCCACAAAAAUUGCUACCCGCCAAAAUAAUUGAAUCCACAGUAUAGCCAAAGCUAUUUGGUAAUGAGGGGAGAUUAUAUGGGUGUUAAUGUUUGAUACAUUUUCCUCCCUCAAUAGAUGCAUGUCUAAAUGGGAAAGGUCAGUGCAAGUGUUGGAGUCUCCUGCCUAAUGGGGAGGGUUAGUAAGUAUGCAUUAGUCAUAAUGUUAAGGUAAAAUAUUUAUUUUAAGUGACCAACAUGUUUCUUGUUCAAAGUAGCAAAAUCAGAUUUUUUUGUAUACUUUUGUUCUGUCUAUUGAUAGUCUGGAACGUCUUGUUGUCUUUUUAUCUUUUUCUGAUCUAUUUUUAUUGUUUUUUUUUAUAAUUCAACAACUAUAUUACUCAUGCUGAUAACAGUGAUAUUUCACUGGUUAGACUAUCUCAGUGAAGGUCCCCGUUUAUUAGUACAAUAUUACCAGGGAACCUUCAAAGUCUUCACUGCAAUCUUUCUUAAAAUACAAUUCUCUUCACAUUUUUUUCAACUUUGAUGAGGAAAUUAUAUGCUAAAUUCGUUCAGUACCUUCAUCUCCUUAGAAGCUUGGAUAGACAGAACUAUUUCUCUGUUAAGGGAAGUAACUCACUUUGUCAAAAUUGUUACUUACAUCAAAAUCAUGUAAAAUUGUCAAAGUAUAGAGUAAUAAGCACCUCACAGAUGUGAUGUAGUAUAGUAUGGAAUAUCUAGAUUUAUAUCCACAAUGGCAACUGUAGACAAAUAUGAUAGAAAAAUCUUAAGUGCAAUAAAAUUUAUUAGUUGUAUGACCUUUGGUUAUAAUGAGUAUAAAUGCUAUUUCUUUAAUUGCCACAGAAUCACUCUUUUACUACACACUUUUAUUUAUCUUUUUGUCUGAUAUCAUGUAUAGUCGUAUGUUUACAAUGCUUAAAAAAAAGGUGCAUAUUGAUUCUCAAGAUGUCUUCAAAAUGAAGAUUUAUAAGUAUUGAAUCUAUGAAAUUGUUGCAUUAUUUGUUAACAAUUUCUAUCUUUAAUACAUGAGGAAAAUAGUGUAUCCUUUUCCACAUCAUAAUAUAAUUGAAUCCUGAGAAUCUCAAAUUCCGACAAUUUAACUGGCUAUUCCCAAAUUCAAACAUAUAAAAGCCUCAAUCCUGAAUUCCUGAAAAAAGUCCUCCCUCUGAUUGGUUGGUUUAACAUCCAUAAAGUGAUAGUAAAUUUUUAUAAAAUGUGAAAUUUAAAAGAAAGCAAUAUGAAACACACACAUAGCACAUAUUUCCUGUUACUUUGGGUGAAUCAGGAGAAGUCCGUCAGAUUAAUUACAUAUUUAGGCUGGUAAAAAUUGAUUAAUAGUUCUUAUAAUUUGCUCCCUCCCAAAUUUUGGUAACCUCAAUUUUAAAUGUACUGCAAUUCCCUGAAGACUUUCUUAAUUAUCACUCCAUUUUAAAGAGAUCAACAAUUUGAUUUUUCAAAUGUCAUCUCUUGCCACAUAAUUCAUAGAAAAGUACAACUCUUUUGGGUUAAAAAAAAAAGUUUACGUCAUGAAAACAGAUUUUUAUGAAGAAUAAAAUGUGAAAUAUGUGUUCUUCUUUAUUGCUUGCUAAAAUAUUCAGUUUUCAGGGAAAAGAAAAAUCAAAACUACACUCCCUCUCACUAAUAUUGGUAUUAACAAGUUUGAAAAACAAUAUAAUUUUGUCAAAACCCCUGAAACUGGUAUACAGAAAUUUUAACAAAUCUUUAGUUUACACAAACGUAUAUUCAUUUGUGAUGUAAACUACUGUCACCAUUAUGGCAUACUUAGUCCUGCUCAGAUUUGUUUCAACAAUGUAUAAAAUUGUAAAUGUAAAAUGGUUGUAAUCUGUACCUCUGUUUUAUUUAUUCUGUUACACCAAAAAUAAACAAUUUAAUUAUCGUA